GGGACGGAUGUGCGCAGUGGCGGACUGCGCAGGUUUCAUUAAUGGCGGCCGGUCGGCAGGCAGAGUUUUAACCCGGACGAAAAUUUGACAACCCCGAGCCGGAUUGGGAGCUUCAAACUCCGCUUUGUCGCCGUAGAUCGGGUCUAUGAAGCCGGAUCCACCGUGUAUGAUGAAAUAUCUGCAGCAGGGAUUGAGGACCUUUAUGCUGGUGGCGACCAAACUAUGGAGUUUCCUCUGCUACCUUCUUCGCAAGCAAGUCCGCACGAUCAUCCAACAUCAGACAGUCCGGUAUGACAUUAUGCCUCUCUCGCCGAUCUCCAGACACAGACUCAAUGGCGUAAAAAGGAAAGUGCUGGUUUUAGACUUAGACGAGACGUUGAUCCACUCUCACCAUGACGGCGUCAUGAACAGAACAGUACGGCCAGGAACACCUCCAGACUUUAUACUAAAGAUCACAAUAGACAGACAUCCAGUCAGAUUCUUUGUGUACAAGAGGCCGCAUGUUGACUUCUUCCUGGAUGUGGUUUGUCAGUGGUACGAGUUGGUAAUAUUCACUGCCAGUAUGGAGAUAUACGGAGCAGCUGUAGCAGACAAACUAGACAACACGAAAGGCAUUCUAAAAAGGAGAUACUAUAGACAGCAUUGCACAUUAGAAUACGGGAGUUACACGAAGGACUUGUCGUCGGUCCAUAACGACUUGUCCAGUGUUAUUAUCCUGGAUAAUUCCCCAGGAGCAUACAGAUCAUAUCCAGAUAAUGCCAUCCCCAUCAAGUCGUGGUUUGCGGACCCCAGUGACACCUGUCUGCUGUCCCUGCUGCCCAUGCUUGACGCGCUGCGCUUCACAGCCGACGUGCGCUCCGUCCUGAGCAGAAACCUCCACCUGCACCGGCUAUAACUGGUCUGUACUGGUUGGAACCAGUAUGAACCGGUCGUGGCCACCCUGCACUGUACCAUAGCCACAGUAGAGUCAGUAGUGUUGGGAAAAAGAACAGCCGCUGCCGACAGGUGCUACUAUGAGUACCGGUUUGAUUUGUUUUUACGUAAACUUCUUGUUCAAGAUAACCACAGAGUUCAUCUUGUUUUUGUUUCAUUUUUUUUUCUUUUUAGGACAGGGCACUUAAAGCUGCAUAACCUUCAAAACUUUCCAGUGAAGUGUUCCCAGAGACUCAAGAAGGAAAUCCUUGAUACAAAAAAAGUCUUCUUCUCAAUCAACACUGUGAUAAGCCAGUAAAACACUUGGACAUUGAACAAUGUUAACCACCCUUUGUCAUUUUCUCUGCAAUUUUUUACAUGGAAGUUAAAACUUCUUUUUGUUCUCAUUUUUAGUGUGAUUUUUGUUGUCAGUCAAUCCAGUUAUCAUAGCAACUUGUGAAGUCAGCAGUGGCUGUUCUUUUUGAAGAGAUAUUCUAACUGUUCCUUGUAUGUUACCGGAUAUAAAAUUACAUUGAGUUUCAAAGCAAUAUGUGAGAUUCUCCUAAAUUUAUAAGUAGAAUCAUUUGGUUUAGAGAAACUUGACCAAAAUAAAGUUUAGUUUUAUAAUCCUACCAAAUCAUAGUUGGGCUACAUGUAAAUGAAUAGCUCAGUCGUUGUGAUAAAAUAAUUUUGUUGCACUGCACUUAAAACCAGCAAAUGCUCCCUUUCCCCCUUUAAAUGGUCCAGCCCAUCCCUAAUAAUUCAUGGUGUGAGUGAGGAAGAGUAGACUCCGAAAUAGGGUUUUUAUUGUCAUACAAAAUGUAGCACUUAUGUUGAGCUCUUCUGAUUUUGUACAGUUUUUCGAUCAGUUAUGCUGUAGUGGUAGGCUACAAAUGGAGAUAAAGCCACACACUGUCAUCACCUUGCUUUUGGGGUCUAGAUUUCAGCAUUUGUAUGAAGGGAUGCUCAGAGUGUCUCUGUUAAUCUCAGUUUCUUUCACUGACGAAUCAGUCAUUAUGAUAAGGCAUAGCCAUGAUUGUGAAUCAUGAUCACAUCAAAUAUGAAAAUUUAUGGAAUUUUUUUAAAUCAUUGCUGAUGAUUCAGGGUCAAAGGGAAUUUAUUUGGAACAGAAAUUGAAAUUGAUGGCAGGGCUUGAAGGGUUUUGUAAUAGAAUGGGCCUUUUGACUUCGGCUUGCCAGUACAAUGUAGAAAACUCACUGUUCAUUGUUCACUCAGUCUGACUGUAUUUCCCAUACAACAUACACAUGUAGGCCAUUUUUGGAAAGAGGCAGUCACAAAUUUUACUUCUAUUUUUACUUGUACCAUAGUUUUUCCACCAAACUACUAGUAUGUUAUAGCUGGCAUAAACUCAAGCUUUAUUUCUUACCAAUCGAUAUCCAAAGCUGGACAUUUCUUUCCAAUUUAACACUACAGAGCCAUGCAAAUGACUGUAAGCCUGAGCCUGUAGUUGUCAUGAAUUCAUAGUUAGAAGGAAACAUGCAAGGAACAGUAGUGAUAUGUCAUUGUACAAACAAGAUCACCCUGGAUGUGUAUAAUAUAGGGUGCCAGAGCUGUGUCAUACAUAGCCACAAUCCCCUCUUCUUUCUUAUGUGUCUGUAAAGAAUUAUGAAUGAUGUCCUGUCUUUGAUAUGUGAUGUGUCCAUGUCUCUUUAUGCCAAUUGUAACUUCUCUAAGAGAUUUUUGGAACUCUGGCCAGAUUUGAUGCACUUUUCUUUUUACUUCUCUUGUAUGAUUGGCUUUGGGUGGUUGUCAAUUUUUGAUGAUUUGAAGCAAAUUGGUGUUAUUAUGAUAGACAAAGAAAUGUAAAUCCCAUUAAUCUCUGUUCAUUUGGCAGGAAAACAAGUACAUUUAUUGGAACGACGAUUGGAUUUCUUGUUAUUCAUUCACUCUACUUAUUGCAACAUGAUACAAAAAAAUGCACUUUUCAAAUUGCAGUAGAGUAUUUUGAAACACUCCUGCAGGAAGAUGCAUUAAAAAUGAGCAAUAUAAUGAAGAUUU